AUGUCUGAAGAAAUUUAUCAAUCAUAUACUCCUGAACAAGUAAUGGUGGUAACCUCUCCUCACUUUCAAUCGACGAUUUCCAAUACCGACAAUUCUUUUAUAACUAAUCCUGAAUUUCAAGACUUUACUAUUUAUUCACAAGAAACUACUUCUGAAAUUUUGAAGAAUGGUUUUUACCCAAACAUUCAUAAUGUUGUUCCUCAGGCUUUUGUUGUAGACGAUUGUACUAUUGUCGAUUCCACUUUUAAUAGUCCCCUUGAUCGUCACAUAGAAUCAUCACCAAUAUUAGAAAAUUCUGGUUACACCCAAUUGGACCAAUCGAUUUUGAUUAGAGCUUCGCCACACGGGAAUUCUAUAAACACUCCAUCUUUAAAUCUUCAUUCAAACAACGUCUUCACUCCUCAUUCAUCCCCUUAUACUAUUAAUACUCCUCUAAUAGAAGACAAUACUUAUACAGUUAAUACUCCUCUAAUAGAAAAUAAUAUUCUUUUAAAUUCUCCUAUACCUUAUAAUAUUGGAGUUUCUCAACAACAACUAUUUAACGAGACAAUUGGAACUCCGGUCUUCUCUGAGUUGGGUACUCAAGUUCUUGUUACGCCUGUUCCUACUCCUUAUUGGGACGAUCCUAGUUGCUCUAAUUUUUCGUCUCUAAACACUACUCCUUAUCUUGCUCCUCAAACUCCUGACACUCCUCUAAUUGAUCACCGUGUUAGUUUAAAGGAUUCGGUGUUAUUCGAUUUCAACGAUUUCAAUUCUAAACAAAUCGAAUUUUUUUCUCUAUUCCCUACACAUAAUAACCCUGUUUCAUUUUGUAACAUGGCUUCAAUUACUCCUGAUGCUGAAAAGAAGCCUGAUAUUUCUUCCGAAGCUGCUGUUGUACCUGGUACCCCAAGCAGUGGUUCCAUUUCUACUUCCGAAAAAUCUCCUUCAUUAGCUGUUCCUGAACAUAUUUCCGAAAUUGAACCACGUCCUUCUAACAUUGAUUCUAUUGACGUUAAUAAUAUUUCUGGAUCAAAAUCUCCAAAUCAUUCUAGUGAUUCCGCUCAUACUACUCCUGCAAAUACUCCACGUUUGGUUCCUAUCAGACCUCGUGAAUCUGGUGAACAUUCCGAACAAGUUCGUCGUAGUAAACGUCAAAGAAGAAGUCGUCAUAUUAAUGGGAUUCAUAAGGGCGAAAAGGUUCAUGAAUGUUCGGUGUGCCGAAAACCUUUCUCCCGUAAAGAUGCUUGGAAGAGACAUAAUGCCACUUGUGGGAAGAUGUAA